GAACUACUACCGGAAGAUGGCGUGUCGCAAGCAGAUACAUCUUCUUCGCCAAGUAUUUAUACUACUUUUCCUUGUUAACUGUGUAGUACUAGCUAGUAAAGACAAUCAGGAUAAGAAAGAAGACAAUGUUGCCGGAGAAAAAUGGAAAAAGAAGAAGAUACAGGACUAUUCUGACGCAGAUGUAGAACGCCUAUUUGAUCAGUGGGAGGAUAACGAUGAAGAUGAGUUGGAGGAGGACGAGUUGCCUGAAUGGAAAAGGGAGCCCCCCAAAGUGGAUUUGUCCCAGUUGGACCCGUCCAACCCCGAGGGCAUGCUCAAAGUCAGCAAAAAGGGCAAAACUCUUAUGAUGUUUGCAACAAUAUCAGGAGAACCAACACAGAGGGAGACGGAACAGAUUUCUCAACUCUGGCAUACAAGUUUGUUUAAUGCCAAUUAUGAUACACAAAGGUUUGUUGUGAGCGAGGAUCGUGUAAUCUUCAUGUUGAGUGAUGGGUCCAAGGCGUGGGAGGUAAAAGAUUUCCUGGUCAAGCAGGAGCGUUGUAAGGAAGUCUCCAUCGAAGGGAAGUCGUAUGAUGGGGCUGCUGUGCAGAACUCGGACGAUAACAGGACAACUAAAAAGUCAGACACUGACGACAAAAAGCCGUCAAUUACCAAGGACAAUAAAAUAAAGAAAAUUAAAAAGGAAAAGAAGGAAGAGUUAUGAGAUUUAGCAGUACUUAGGUGUGUGAAAGGGGUUGUAUGUACCAGGAUCAGUGAUAGGUAUCAGAACCAGGGCCUGGGGACAUUUAACAAUUCUUGUGUUCAAGUAUGAAUUCUGUCUUCAAACUGACAUUCUUCAUCUCAAAGGAAUCAUGCAACAUAUUCAAAAAGUAGUCUAGACAUUGAAAUCAAUUGUCUGCAUCUAGCCUCUAAAAUUCUUUCAAAUCAUUGAAUAAAUUUGAAGUUGGAUAAUUCUAUCAGCAAAGCAAUGAUGGGGCCACAAGUACUAGCCUUGUGUGUGAAUGCACCAAUAAUAUAAACAUAUUAAUGACGGACAAGGCUAGUACCUGUGAUUGGGCUUGAAUUCAGAAUCUGAAUACAGACCAAGAUCUUGAAUAAUUCAUACAGCAGAAUAAAAUUUGGUAUUUGAUCUAGAAAAUUUUGUUUAAGAGUUUUGUGAGAGAAUGCUUGUGUACAUCACUGAAAAUUUGCAUGGAACGUCCUGUGCUGGAAUAAAUAUCUGUAAGAGUUUGAAUUUCUGAUUAACUUUCCUCGUAAGCAAUUCAUGAUAUACCUACUAUGUUAGAGUCAAUUGUGACAUUAAGUAAAUGUUUUAAGUGUAAAGAUGUUUUUAAAAAUAUCACAAUUAACUUCACAGUGUGGUAGAGUCAACUGAGUCAGUCAGUAAAAUGUUCAAGGUAUGAAGAUGCUUUUGAAGAAUGAUUGUUUUUAUAAUUAAGUUUGAAGUGUGUUUGAGUCACCUUUGACAUUAAGGUAAAUGCUCAAGGUGUGAAGAUGUUUUUGAUGAAGACGUUAUUAUAGAAGAAUCAACUUCACUAUGACUAUAUGUGAAUAUGUAUCAUUUAUAGAGUGAAUAUGAAGAAAAAAGGUUAAAAUUUGUUUUUCUAUCAUUUUUUAUUGGUCCAUGUAGUCUGGUUCACUGCCAAAAGCUGUAUUUAACUAUACAUUAGAACUUUUCUAUAAGACUUUAACUUUGAUAAAUCAUCACUAUAAAGAAAAACAGACCUUGUGGAACUUUUAUGAAAAACUCAUAACGAUGAAACAAAAAAGUACAAAUAAAUAGUGUAAAAAUGAUUUAAAAUACAUGUACUUCGUUUUUUGUCAUCUUACAUUUGUCGUAUUAUCAUGAAACUUGGUUACUUUCCUUAAGUGCUUUUACACAAGUAAAACAAGUGUUUUAUCUGUUGGAUAAUGGUAUUGGUAUUGGUAUCGUUGACACCUCUGUCAGAUCUAAAGUGAGCUGUAACAUGGCUACGAGUUCAUGGCUUCAUUGUUACUGUAAUAACAUCCAGCAUAUCUUCCAUCUUUACAAUGGUGCAAUAUUGUCCAAAAUUAAUUUAGGAUAAAAUUCUUUGUUCAUGUGUAUUUUUGUAGUGUAAGACUUAAAAAGUUGUUUUGCCAAAUUCAUACUUUUGGUAUGUACUGUGCUUCCAAUUAUUACUGUAUACCGGGAAAUUUUCGCCAUGUGUAACUUUCGCGGUACGAAAAAAUCUGUAUUCACCCAGUGUUAAUUGACCCUUCUCAUUUGAUUGCUAUGUAUAUUAUGUUGUUCACUAAUGUUUGCUGAGGGUGAAAAGGGACGAAAGCUAAACUGCGGCAAAAAAAUCCCGGUAUACAGUAAGUCAGAUGUUUGUUUUGCGACAGGAAAAAUAUAUUUAUGCUCAUUGUAUGACAGAGUAGAUGUAUCUGUUUUUUAUGUAUGUAAAAGAACAGUAGUGAUUUUCUGAAUAUAUCUCUCCUACUUCUCCUUAUUUCAAUUUUAUUUAAUUUACAUCCAAUCAUGUAACACAAAUGAACAAACCAACAAGAAAUCAUUUUAUCAAGGGUUAAUAUUGAGGUCAACGAUAUCGACACAUUUAUCUGUAUCGAGAUCAGACUCUGUUGGCUCUGUAUAAUUUCAAACCAAGUGUAACACUUUCAUUGAGGGGAUGUGAAUGAAGUAAAUAGAUUGGUAUUACCUCCCUUAGCUUUAAUUAUAUAUAUAUAUAAGUGUUGUACUUAGUAUCAUUCAAAUUGGUGCAGUACUUUGGGAGGUGUGGUGCAGUACUUUGGGAGGUGUGGUGCGAACAAUGUUGUGGCUACAGACAGAGGGGAUGUAAAUAAAGUAUAUAGAUUGGUAUUACCUCCCUUUUCAUGUAGUUAUGCCCCUUUGUUUAAAAACAUUUUAGAAAGAACUAUUCCUACAGUUCUUGGCACAGACAGGGGUAUUAGUCAGCCAUUCUGGCAACAGUUCUAGUUAAAUAUCUUUUGUCUCAUGACAAAAGUAUUUUCAUUGAUGGCUGCCUAUAAUUACAUGUGUAGCGGAACUGGACUGGGUCCAAAGUUGGCAACAAAGAAGGUCAAAAUUGGUAGAGCGUCCAUCUCAAGUUUGGAGGGUCCUGGGUUUGAAUAACGGUCUGGUCUUUUUCUCCUAUCACAAAAUUGGCGAGCUGGCCAGCCCUUGUUUUGAGUACUGAGUGAAUGCUUGUUUUAAAUACUCGAUGAUUGCGUGACAAAGGUAUACUGAACUUGGGUUGUAAAUUGCUGCAUCUUUAGGGAAGAAGCCUUUGAGGGAGGAAUGUAGUGGGACUGGACUGGGUUAAUCACUGGCGGACAGGUAGCUCAAUGGGUGGAGUGUUUGGAGGGUCCUGGGUUUAAAUCCCGGUCUGGCUGGGCUUUUCUCUUUCUCCUAUUACACAUGUUUUUUAUGAAGUAUAGUCAUCGAGCUAUGCAAACAAUAAUUUGGGGGUACUAUACUCAGGUGCCUUGCUCAUAGACAAGUAUAAACUUCUAUCCCUGAAACCUUGUAAGCAAAACUUGUACACAAUGUUUUAAACAGGGCACAGGGAAAGUACAGGUGUGCAUGAUUAACGUAAAUGCAGUUAGAUGUUUUUUCUGAUCGACGUAUGGCUCUGAUUUUAUUGUAACUUUGCAAAAUUUCUGUUGGAGUUAUUGCCCCUUGACAAUAGAAAGGCUUGUGUAGAUUUGCACGACACAGGAGUAGCAUAAGUAACGGCAAUGGAGGUAGCUGACCAGCAGGGUAAUUAGAUAAAGAGUAACAUUAGAUAAAGAGUAAUGUUAGAUAAAGAGUAACAUUAGAUAAAGAGUAACAUUAGAUAAAGAGUAACCAAGGUUCACUUGGAUAUAAAGUAUGAGGUGUGUGAUUGAGGUUUACCAUUAUGAUGAUAUGGAGUACUAGAGAUUGAGUGUUAGUGUAUACACAAAUGUACAAGUAUACUUCUAUGGUGAAAACAUACUUGCCAAGCUCUCAUAUUUUUAAGGGAGAUUCUUGAGUUGUCACUGUAAUUUUUUACUUUUGAAAUCAUCAGAAUUCCCAAUGUCCUACAUUUUGUUCAAUUUCAAUUCAUUGCAUAGAACAAUUUGUGAUUUUUUUUUGUCAAACAAAAAUCCUUGUAUAUGAAGUUUCUUCCUUUCACCCCACCCCCCUAAAAAGGAAUACAAAAAUUGAAAGGUUGGCAAGUAUGCGAUGAGUGCCAUAACUGCUUCUUGUGAAGAUAUUUUCUUUUUUACAUAAUAUACACAGAAUCUCUAUUUGUAUAAAAUAAAACCUGAAAACUAA